UUUUUAAAAUCCGAAAUUAAAAUGUUUAACAACAUGUUGUAAGUCAAGAAUUUAAUCCAUUAGAUUACUCCUUGAAUGAAAAACUGCACAAAUACAGCGUGUUUUAUAAUAUUUGUGUAAAAGAACUUGACAAUUGGUCUAAAAUUUUUGCUUAUAUGAUAUGACCGAAGCACUUCCAGAAGAAAGCCAUGGAGUUACUUUGCCUAGAAGUAUGUCUUUAUGCAUGCAAGCAAAAAAAUGUGAAGGUCACCAGCCCAAACAGCCUAAUUUAAAAGGAAGGGAAAGCUAUGAAAGAAUGAAUUUUUUAAUUCAAGGAGCGAUGACAACAUUGGCACAAACUCCACACAAUAUAGAUAUGGUACGACACUAUAUGAAAUCAUUACAUGGAAUUAAGUCUAAAAAGGUUUUAAGAUGGUCUCAAGAUGUGAAACACGCAUAUUGUCGUGGUUGUCAUAUGUUACUUGUGCCGGGUAUCACUACUCGUGUCCGAAUAAAAGCUAACCGAAGAAUUGUUUCAACAUGUCUGUUAUGUAAUAACAUCAAGCGCAAUAAUAUUACAAAUCCAAUAAAGAGAAAAAGGAAAAAAAGAAGAAAGAAGAAAGAAGAAUGAUGAGGAAAAAAAAUCAGCAUUGAUUUUUUUUCUAAGAGCAAUAUUUUUGUUGGAUUAACUUUAUUAAACUUUUUUUUUUUUUUUUUUUUUGAGUACAACAAAUACCUGAUUAUGUAAAAAUGCUAAUAACUAUAUGAACCAUUAUUUGUAUUGUAUAGUUUAUUUUUUAAUUGAGUUUAUUUGAAAACUUUAUGUUUUUUUUUUUCUCCUGUAAUAAAUAUUCUUUAUGGA